AUGGGUAUCACGUUUGAAAACUUGGACCAGGACACUGGCUUGAAGAAGCUCAAUGGUUUCUUAACCAAUCGAAGUUACAUUGAAGGCUAUAAAUUUAGUUCAGCUGAUACUGUUGUAUUGCAGCAGUUCUCGGCUGUUCCGGAUGCUGCCAAGUUUGCCAACGUAUACCGUUGGUAUGUGCAUGUGGCUGCCAAAUUAGGUCUUCGUUCGAUUCUGGGGACCAAGACAGUCAAUGCUUCUUCUUCUUCUGCUGCUGCUUCCAAGAAGACUGUUGCUAAGAAAGACGAAGACGAAGAGGAAGACGAUGACGAUCUGUUUGGUGAUGAUGACGAGGACGAUGAGGCUACCAAGGCCCUUGCUGCCAAGCGCGCAGAAGCAGCAAAGAGUGCUAAAAAGGAAAAGAAAAAGCCAGUGGAACGCUCGCAAGUUGUAAUCGAGGUAAAGCCAUGGGAGGCGGAGACAGACCUUGAAGAAUUGGCUGCCAAGAUCAAGGCUCUCCCUGUGGAAGGUCUAACGUGGGGUGAAGGUCACAAGCUGGUGCCAGUGGCCUUUGGUAUCAAAAAGUUACUGGUGCAAUGUGUCAUCAUUGACGAUAUGGUUUUGCUUGAUGACAUCACAGACGCAAUCGAAGGCUUUGAGGACUAUGUCCAGUCGGUUGACGUAGCCUCAAUGAACAAGUUGUAA